AUGAAUCCGGUGGAUGGAGGAGGAGAAGCGGGCCCGGACGGCCUGGCGACGGCAGGUUCAGGUAAGGCGGAGUGUGUUCGGGCGGUCGACGUCCUGACGGUGCUCAGAGAGAAAGUGGCCUUCGUGUCAGGCGGACGCGACAAACGAGGCGGACCGAUCCUGACCUUCCCUGCCAGGACCAAUCAUGAUCGAAUAAAACAGGAGGACCUCAGCCGACUGGUCACCUACCUGUCGACCAUACCCAGUGAGGACGUGCGCGCUCGCGGCUUCACCGUGGUGGUGGACAUGCGCGGCAGUAAGUGGGACAGCGUGAAGCCGGUGCUGCGGACGCUACAGGAGUCGUUUUCCUCCAACAUCCACACGGCGCUGCUCAUCAAACCCGACACCUUCUGGCAGAAACACAAGACCAACCUGGGCAGCGCCAAGCUCAGCUUCGAGACCAGCCUGGUGUCGGUGGAGGGUCUGUCCCGGCUCGUCGACCCCUCCCAGCUGACCUCUGACCUGGGCGGCUCGCUGGAGUACGACCAUGUGGAGUGGACCGAGCUGCGUCUGGGUCUGGAGGAGUUCUCGGGGGCCGCCACGCAGCUGCUGGCCCAGCUGGAGCAGCUGGAGGCCGGGCUGAACCGCAUACCGGAGCCCCAGGACGUCGACGAGGCCCGCAAGCUCCUGGAGGAACAUGGUCGUCUCCGUAACAGCAUCGCCACGGCGCCGGUGGACGCCCUUGACCGAGAGGGACGGAGUUUGCUCCAGCGUAUGCGCCUAGGCCCUUCACACGGCGACGCCUCCAAUGAAGGCGGCGGCGGUAGCCACAGCAGCUGGCUGUCGGGUGGGGCGGACUUCCAGAGCGUGGCGCCCAAGGUCUCGUCUCUGCUGGACCGACUGCAGGCGGCUCGCAGCCACCUGCUGCAGACCUGGAGCGACAGGAAGCUGCACCUGGACCAGGCGCUGCAGCUGCAUCUGUUUGAACAGGACGCCGCCAAGAUGUCGGAGUGGAUCGCCCACAGCAAAGAUCUGUUCAUGCAGAGUCUGGCGGAGGUCGGCCAGAACCACCAGCACGCCCUUGACCUCCAGACACAACACCAGCACUUCACCGCCAACUGCAUGAACGGCAGCGUGAACGUGGACAGCGUGGUGACUGUGGCGGCGAGGCUUGCAGAGGCCGGUCACUACGGGGCGGAGCGGAUCGCCAUGGUGUCGUCGCGUUUACAGGAAGACUGGAAGUCCCUGACGACGGCGCUGGAGGAGCGUAGCAACACGCUCGCCAUGGCAACCGGCUUCCACCAGGGAGCAGAGCAGUACCUGCUCAAGGUGGAGGGUUGGGUUCAGGUGUGCUCUGAAGGCUCGUUGCCGUCGGCAACAGCAGAGCUGGAAGCUGCGAUAAAGAAACACCAGGAGCUGAACGAGGAGAUCUCUGCUAACUACACACAGGUCAGCGAGAGUGGUAAAGCCUUAUUGGACGUCCUCCAGCGCUGCCCGGCGACCGACUCUGACGAUUCAGCGACCAAACCAGACUUCACCGCCGCCACGCAUGGCAUCAUGGGAGUUCUGCACCAGGUCAUGCAAGGUCACCAUGAGGUCGAGGGGGCGUGGCAGCACCGUAAACUCCGCCUCCACCAACGUCUGCAGCUGUGUGUGUUUCAACAGGAUGUUAGACAGGUGCUGGACUGGGUGGAGCAGCAUGGCGAGGUUUUCCUGAACAAACACGGCGGCGUGGGGAAGUCGCUGCACCGGGCGCGAGCUCUGCAGAAACGCCACGACGACUUCCAGCAGGUCGCACAGAACACUUACACUAAUGCAGAGAAGCUUCUGGAAGCAGCAGAUCAGCUGGCUCAGUCCGGAGAGUGUGAGGAGGAGGAGAUCUACCAGGCGGCCAGAGACCUGGAGCUACGCAUGCAGGCGUUUAUCCAGCGGGUUGAACAGAGGAAGCUGCUGCUGGAUCUUGCUGUGUCUUUCUACACACACACCAAGGAGCUCUCGGUGUGGAUGGAGGGCCUCCAGAAGCAGCUCUCUUCAGAUCUCUGUGUUUGUCCGGACACUGUGGAGGCUCUGCAGACUCUCAUCAGCCAGCAGCAACAGCAGCAGGCCAACACACAGGAAGCUGCGAUGAGUGUCAUCCGGGAAGGAGAAGACCUCAUCCUGCAACUCAGGCCCCAGGGCAGUUCUGUGGCCCAUGUUGAGUCGGUACUGCAGCAGCUGGAGGAGUCUCAUGUUCAGCUGGAGGAACUUUUCCACCAGAGGAAGAUCCGACUGGAUGUUUACCUGCAGCUCCGCAUACUGCAGCAGUGCACACUGGAGGUAACCGGGGAAAUCGACGCCUGGAAGCAGGACCUCCAGAAACAAUCCCAGGAUUUUUCAACCGAGAAGCUAGCAUCACCGCGGCUAGCUGAUGUAAACCAGGACAAGCUAGCCCAGGACAAGCUAGCAUUGGGUCAGUCACGGCUAGUGGAAGCUAGCCCUGAGGCACUAACGCUGGCACAGCAGCGCAUCCACAGGCACAUGGAGCGAAGGCUGGCUAUGAACAACAUGAUCUAUGAGGUCAUCCAGCAAGGUCACGACCUUCAGCAGUACAUCACCGAGGUCCAAGCAUCAGGUAUCGAGCUGUCGGAGGCAGAGGGGGGUCUCUCCUCUCAGGUGGAGGAGCUGCAGCACCUCCUGCAGGACAAACAGAAGGAGAUGCAGCAGAUCGCGGAUCACACACACACACACCUGGAGCAGAACCUGCAGCUGAGGCACCUGCAGAGCCAGGUCAAACAGGUGCUGGGUUGGAUCUCAGAGGGCGAGGUCAUGUUGUCAUCUUGCAUGUUGAACUCCAGCUGUUUGUCUGAAGCUGAGCAGCUGCAGAGGGAGCACGAGCGCCUCCAGCAGGCCAUAGAGGCUCUUCUCCAUGCUGACUCCCUGCAGAGGACUCAUCAGGUGGCUCUGGCUCUGCAGCAGAGAGCAGAGCUGCUGGUCAGGUCAGGCCACUAUGAUCCAGAUGCAGUAAGAUCUUGUGCCCAGACGGUGGCGCUGCACUGGCAGACACUGAUGCUGAGGAUCGAGGACCGACUCAAACUGGUCAACGCCUCUGCUGCCUUCUACAGGACGUCCCAGCAGGUGUGUGGGGUCCUGGAGAGUCUUGAGCAGGAGUACCGCAGGGAGGAGGACUGGUGUGGAGGAGGAGAGAGACAGCCAGAGCAGCUCCUGCCGCUCAUCAACAAACACAUGGAACAGAAGGAGGCCUUUCUGAAGGCCUGCACUCUUGCCAGACGAAACGCUGAAGUUUUCCUCAAGUACAUCCAUCGCAACAGCGUCACCAUGGCGAACAUCUCCGGCCACAGCGUCACCGUCUCCGGGGUAACAGGGGUUACCGAGGUCACCGGGCACUCAAGGGUACCAGAGCAACAGGUCAAAGGCAUCCUCAGUGAGUUGUUGCAGAGGGAAAACAGAGUCCUUCAUUUCUGGACUUUGAAGAAACGUCGACUGGAUCAGUGCCAACAGUACCUGAUGUUCCAGAGCCACGCUCAGCAGGCUCUGGAUUGGCUGCAGCAGUCAGGUGACCACUACCUGGCCGCACACACAUCGCCGGGGGCAAAUAUGGCCGAGACCCAAGAACUGUUGAACCAGCACAGGGAGUUCUGUGUUUCUGCCAAGCAUACACAAGAGAAGGUCCACCUGCUGAUCCAGCUGGCUGAGAGCAUGCUGGCUAAAGGCCACGCCCACCGCACGGAGCUGCGGCGUUGUGUCUCCACCGUGGACAAACGUUACCGCGACUUCACCGUCAGGAUGGGACAGUACCGCCACCUGCUGGAGACGGCGCUGGGGGGGUGCUCACAGGACAAUAAGGACUUGGAGCUGGAGCUGAUCCCCAACAGUCUGUCUGACUCCGACCCCGAGGUCAACCUCUCGGACCCCAGCCACCAGGUUAGCGACGAGAAGCGACGCUCCGCCCGCAAGAAAGAGUACAUCAUGGCUGAGCUCCUUCAAACAGAAAGAGUCUAUGUCAGAGAUCUGCAGGAGUGUAUUGAGACGUACCUGUGGGAGAUGACGAGCGGCUCAGAGGACGUCCCUCCCGGUCUCGCCAACAAGGACGACAUUGUGUUCGGAAACAUCCAGGACAUCUACGAGUUCCACAACAGUAUUUUCCUGAAGGAGCUGGAAAACUACGAACAGCUUCCUGAAGACGUUGGACACUGCUUUGUUACCUGGGCUGAUAAGUUCCACAUGUAUGUGACGUACUGCAGAAACAAACCAGACUCCAGUUUACUCAUCCAACAACACGGCGUGGGAUUCUUUGAGGAGGUCCAGAGGCGACAUGGUCUAGCUAACUCCGUCUCCUCAGCUCUCAUCAAACCAGUUCAGAGGAUCACCAAAUACCAGCUGCUGCUCAAGGAGUUGUUGGCGUGCUGCGAGGAGGGGAAAGGCGAGAUAAAAGAAGGCCUGGAUGUGAUGCUGAGCGUCCCAAAGAGAGCGAACGACGCUAUGCAUGUUAGCAUGUUGGAAGGUCUGGAGGAGGGUCUGGAGGUUCAGGGCGAGCUCCUCCUCCAGGACUCCUUCCUGGUUUGGGAGCCGAAGUCUCUGAUCAGGAAGGGACGGGACCGACACCUCUUCCUGUUUGAGCUGUCACUCAUCUUCAGCAAGGAGAUCAAGGACUCGUCGGGACGAACCAAAUACCUCUACAAGAGCAGACUGAGGACCUCAGAGCUUGGCGUAACAGAGCACAUAGAGGGGGACCCCUGUAAGUUUGCCUUGUGGGUCGGACGAACGCCGACGUCCGACAACAAGACGGUGCUGAAGGCAUCGUCGUUGGAGCUGAAGCAGGAGUGGGUCCGCAGUAUUCGGCAGGUGAUCCAGGAGAGGCGGGGUCACCUGCGGGGAGCGCUGAGGGAGCCCAUCCCCCUCCCCAAGACACCCAACCCCACCCUGGGGCGACAGCGCAGCAUCACCCGCAGAGAGACCAGUGAGGAUGCAGAGAGCCUGGGUGAUGCCAGCAGUCAGCCCGACACCGUCUCCAUCGCCUCCCGAACGUCGCAAAACACUGCCGACAGCGACAAGCUGUCAGGAGGCUGUGAGUUAGUGGUGGUGCUGUUGGAUUUCUCCUCCGGGGGACCAGGAGAGCUCAGCGUUCGCUGUGGUCAGACCGUGGAGCUGGUGGAGCGUUCGGCCGACAGACCCGGGUGGUGUCUGGUCAGGACGACAGAUCAAACACCCCAGCAGGAGGGUUUGCUGCCGAUGAGCGCCCUCUGUCUGUCACACUCCCACAGUGCAGCCGACAUGGAGGGGCUCAUCCCGGCUUCCACCACCUCCUCCAGCACCUCCUCUACCUGCACCACCACUUCUUCCUCCUGCAACUCCUCUACCACCACCACCGCCUCCUCCGGCACCUCCAGCUCCUCCUCUACCGUGAGCGCCGGGAAGGAAUCCAGUCUCUACAGCUCUGAAGGUUCGGGGCUUCACACGCAAACGACCAGUGCCACUUCCCCCACAGUGUAUGGACUGGGCGCGCCUCCAGGGGGCGCCGUCGGCUCUCCGGGGCCAAAACGCAGCGGCUCUGGAACCGGGAACACCCUGAAGCGUUGGUUGACCAGUCCUGUUCGGAGGCUGAGUCAAGGUAAAGCUGACGGACAGAAGAAACCGCCAAUCAGAACCAGGAGGCGGGACAACAGGCAGGAGCUGACCACGCCCCUCACCGGCAGUGCUCAGACGAAAGCAAGGAAGGAGGAGGCGGGGCAGAGUGGAGGGGAGGAGGAGCCAGAGGAGGAAAGCCACACCCCUCUACCACCUCCCAUGCAGAUCAUCAAAGACCCCAACAACCCCGAGGCUCUGGAUUCAGAUCAGGGCUCCAACGAAUCAGACACUGAACAGAGAAACAAAGCCCUGAGAGGACGCAUGUUUGUGGUUAACGAGAUGGUCCAAUCAGAGAAGGACUACGUGAAGGACCUGGGCGUGAUCGUAGAGGGCUUCAUGUCCAGGCUGGAGGUCCGAGGGAUUCCCGAGGACAUGAGAGGAAAAGACAAGAUCGUGUUCGGCAACAUCCAGCAGAUCUACGACUGGCACCGCGAUUUCUUCCUGGUGGAGUUGGAGCGUUGUGUUCAGAAUCAUGACCUGCUGGCUGACCUCUUCAUCAGACAUGAGCGUCGUCUCCACAUGUACGUAGUUUACUGUCAGAACAAGCCGAGGUCAGAGUUCAUCGUCAUCGAGUACGAGAACUUCUUCGAGGAAAUCCAGCAUGAGAUCAGCUGCAGGAUGUCGAUCAGCGAUUAUCUGAUCAAACCCAUCCAGAGAAUCACCAAGUACCAGCUGCUCCUCAAGGAUUUUCUCAAGUAUACCUCCAAAGCAGGACUGGACUGUGAGGAGAUCGAGAAAGCGGUGGAGCUGAUGUCAUUGGUUCCAAAGCGCUGCAACGACAUGAUGAACCUGGGACGCCUGCAGGGAUACGAGGGGAAGUUGACGUCUCAGGGGAAGCUGCUGCAGCAGGAGACCUUCUGUGUUUGGGAGCAGGACGGAGGAGUUUUGUCUCGCAGUAAAGAGCGCAGAGUGUUCCUGUUCGAGCAGAUCAUCAUCUUCAGCGAACUGCUGCGCAAAGGCUCCAACAACCCGGGAUACCAGUUCAAGAACAGCAUCAAGGUGAGUUACCUGGCGAUGCAGGACAGUGUGGAAGGUGAUCCCUGUAAAUUCGUGUUGUGGUCUCGCGGCUCGGCGGAGCGCUUCACGUUGCAGGCAUCCUCCGCCAGCAUCAAGAUGACCUGGGUGGAGACCAUCGCUGCCCUGCUGGACGCCCAGAACAACUUCCUGUCUGCUCUCCAGUCUCCCAUAGAGUACCAGAGGAAGGAGGGCGGGAUCUCUGUGACCCGCCCGCUGUCGUCAGGGCGACCGCCGUCGGCCCCGCCCACGCCCAACGGCCACGCCCCUCAGCCUCCGCCUGACAGCGAGCAGGACGACCAGGAGCUGGUUCUGGUGCUGCAGGACUUCGUGGCGGUGCGGGAGGACGAGAUCUCUGUGUUUCGUGGGGAGAAGGUUCAGAUUCUGGCCUCCAACCAGCAGGGUCAGAGUCUGGUUUACCGGCCGGCCAACAGCGACUCGCCGGCCGCCGAGGGCUGGGUGCCACGCAGCGUGCUCAACACACACUGACACACGUAAACAGUGAAAAUACAAAUACACACAAACACUCACACUGAUAGCAGGGUUAGAGUCCGGUUUACUACUAGUAUAUACAUAUACACAUUGACGUGCACUUAAAAUACUGCAAGCCAACGGGGCCAAAGGCAUGUGUGGAAACUCUUUCAUGAUGGUAAUGUUUGCCCUGUAAGAGGUGGAGCCUAAAGAUGGGGACGUCAACUCGUCCAACACGUUGGUCCUGACCAAAGUAUCUCAACAACUACUACAUGUUACCAUACUGAUCACGUUCCUGCUCCCCAGAGGAUCUCUCCUGUAGCACCACCAUCUUUCAUUGGACCAUGGCGAUCUUGAAAACUAGCAGCUGGAUUUCCGUGAAAGUUUACAAGUAUAACUGCAAAUAGUAAAAUAGGGGUCACCGCUUUUGUUUUUACUGGUUUUAUUUUUCUCCACUGAUGAUUCAAGUCCUCAUAGUCAACCUGGGGGUCAGGAACAGUCUCACACAUAGUUCAGAAGUUACGAUUCUCGCCAUCGAUUAAUUUACGUGUCAUUGUCUCUAUCGCACGUUCUAUAAAACGUCACAAAAUGCUCAAAGUGCCUGUCACGUUUUCAUAACGCCCCGGAAAAAUCGGCAGUUACAACUAGGCAAUGGUUGGCAUCUGUGCUCCCAAAAAUAAGUAAACGAUGUUGAUCAACUCAUCUACUCAUCUUUCAUCUAACCAGAGGGUAGAAUUAUGUAAUUUGAUUGUUUACUUAUCGACCAAAACAGGCAACUUAACAUAGUCCAUAAAGCUUCGGCAAAACUUGCUGGCACGAUACCUACACAGAAAUGGAGUUUUAAACUUGUUUGGUUUGUCCACACGACACUGUGAGAACUGUGCUCUCCUUCUGCUCCAACAGGCAGGGAUGGUACAUGACGACACAGUGAUUUUACGCACGAUGUACCGAUCAAGUGUCCAUCGUCCUGCUAGCAUCCCCUAGAGGCUGCACUGUACAUUACGGCCACGAAACGAAACAGUUGGUCAGAACAAACAACAUCCUGAUGAUUUAUCUACAGUAUUUUCAGAACCUUACUAGUAGUGGAGCUGAAGAUUUGAAGUUUGUCCUCUGAUGGUGGUGCUAGAGCAGUGGUUUACUAACAUUUUUGGCAGGUGACCCGUUAAACUGAGGCAAUAUGUAUUAUAUUAUAUACAUUAUAGUGAAAAAUGCCCAUCACAAUUUCCUAAACCCCAAGGUGUCUUAGAAUAGGUUAUUUUGACUGAUCAGCAGCGUAAGACCAAAAGAUAUUCUAUAUGCAAUGAUAGAAAGGAGAGAAAAGUAACAUCUGAGAAGCUGAACCCACAACGUUCAGACGUUUCACUGCUUUUGAUUAAAUUCUAAUGGAUAAAUUGUUAAUUCUCAUUCGUUAAAACUUCAAUCUGCCGAUUAUUUUCUGGAUUCUUUCAUUAAUCUUUUCAUUAAUGUACAUUAUAAACAUAUAGAAAAUGCCUGUCAGAAUUUCCAAAGAACCAACGCGGAUUUCUUCAAAUAGCUUGUUCUACCUGAUUAACAGUCAGAAAUAAUCAAUUUACCACGAGUAAGAAAAACAGCAAAUCUUAUACAUGAAUCAACUAAUUAUGUAACCUCGACAGGAUUUAGCAGUUUUACUGUUUUCUUUCUUACCUCAGUUUGUUUCAUUACAGGUAAAAACUAUCCAGCAUUUUAUAAAACAAAGCAAAGAUUUGAAACAAAUCUGAAAAUAGUAACACAACUUUCUGGAGCAGAAGAAGUUCAACUACCCUGUGACCCUCCAGACUGAUCUUGCGAUGCCUUGGUGGGGCCCAAACCCGCAUGUUGGGAACUAAGCAAACAGACGUCACCACCUUCAGGCUCCACUUUCAUUACUGACUGUGAAAUCGCCUUUCCUGAAACACGUUGGGCCCUGAUCACUCGCCAGUGUUAAAAGAUAAAUUAAAAAAUACACACACACACACACACACUCCCAGCAGCAGGUACUGUUAGUCUCCUCCCUCCCUCCUGGUGCUUCAAGAUUCAGCCAAACUGCACCUGCUCUCACCUCUACCCUUACCUCGUCCGAUCAGAUGCCGCCAUCAGGUUGGCCUCCAUGUUACUGCCCCAAGCAAACAAUCACACCCUGACGACAUCACACACUGUUUCCUCUGGGUCAGUGGGAGGGAGGUGACAUGAUCACAUCAUCAUCAUCAACAACAACAACAGACUGGGACUCCAGGAAGCUGCCGUUGCCAAGCAACAAGAGACAAUUUUAAAAAAUAAAAGCCUCCUGGAAGAGAAGAGGUGAAAAGACCCGUCAGCCAAUCAGAACUGAGCUCCUUCUGCGUGUCAUCCUGUGAAUAGUGUGUAUAAACAGACUGAGGACACACACACACACUCCCCACACACCACUGCUACGAUGAAGAUGACUAAGAUGACGAUUACUAUGAUGAUUAUGAUAAUUAAGAAUAAUAGGAUGUUUUUCACCUCAAUAGAGAAAAAAAAUGAGAGAAACUGUUUGUCAUAUAAAUGUUUGUGUGUGUGAGAGAGAGAGAGAGAGAGCGUCCUUGUACUUUCAUCUUUGUGAGGACCGGUUAGAGUUUUAGACCUUGGGAGUGGGGACAUUUUGUCUGGUCCUCACACCUUCAAAGGGCUGCCUGAGGGUUCAGACCUGGUUUAGGGUUCAGGUUAGAAUCAGGUUUACGUUCGGGUUAGGGUGAGAGUUGGGGUUGGGGAUGGGCACUUAGUUGUGACGGUUAAGGUUUGGGUGGGGGGGCUAGAGAAUAUAUUAUGUCAAUGAGUGUUGUCACAAAGAUAGAAGUA